CAGAAAAAGUCUGGUAAACCCCCCAAAGCCAACUCUUCUUUUUCCUCUGCAUUUCUUUCCCUUUAUUUGAAGAAUGAAAUUUAGAGUAGCCAAAACUGACAAUUACAUUUCCACCCCACCGAUAACAUGCAAUUGAAACCUCUCAACACCUUCACCAUUACGCUCAUGUUGUUCUUCACUUUCUUGAUCCUCUUCUUUUCUGGUUUCCUUGAAUUCCCUUCUGUUUCCUCCUCUAUCCAACAACCCUUUACCCCUCCAUCCCUCACCCUUUCUUCCAACCCUAACCCUUUUACUGAUCUGCUCUCUGCUUUCAAGACAUGGGAUUCUCAAAUGGGUUGUUCCCAGUUCAAGCUAAAACACCACGAUUUGAUCCGUUUGCUUUCUAACAGCUCUGGGUCUUUGCAGGAACCUGUUUCUCAUUCUUCCUGCAAUCUGUUGAAAAUGGAGCAUGUUAGUGUUUUGGUAAAAGGAUGGACUUGGAUUCCUGAUAAUUUGGAUAAUCUGUAUUCUUGUCAAUGUGGGAUGAGUUGCUUGUGGACUAAAUCUCCCGUUCUUGCUGAUAAACCGGAUGCCCUUUUGUUUGAGACCGCUACCCCUCCACUUCAGAGGCACAGUGGAGAUCCACUUCGUGUGUACAUGGACCUUGAGGCUGGCAGAAGGCGUUCAGGUCGAGAGGAUCUAUUCAUCAGUUACCAUGCAAAAGAUGAUGUUCAGUCAACUUAUGCUGGUGCUCUCUUUCAUAAUGGUCGAAAUUAUCACAUAUCUUCAUAUAAGAACAAUGAGACACUUGUUUAUUGGUCUUCAUCACGCUGCCUCUCUCAAAGAAAUCAGCUUGCUAAGAGUUUCCUCAGGUUGCUGCCUCACCACUCCUUUGGCAAAUGUCUGAACAAUGUUGGUGGUUUAGACAUGGCCCUUUCCUUCUAUCCUGACUGUACCAAUGAUGCUAAUACCCCGAAGUGGUGGGACCAUUUACAUUGUGCCAUGUCUCAUUACAAAUUUGUCCUCGCAAUUGAAAAUACAGUUACAGAGAGCUACGUGACCGAGAAGCUAUUUUAUGCUUUGGACUCUGGUGCGGUUCCUAUUUAUUUUGGAGCUCCCAAUGUGCUGGACUUUGUCCCUCCACAUUCAAUUAUAGAUGGAACUAAGUUUAGGUCCAUGGAGGAAUUAGCUUCUUACGUGAAAGCCCUUGCUAAUGAUCCUGUAGCUUAUGCUGAGUACCAUGCCUGGAGAAGAUGUGGUGUAUUACGUAACUAUGCAAAGGCCCGUGCAACAAGCCUUGACACAUUACCAUGCCGAUUGUGUGAGGCAGUUAGUAAGAAAGGUGGGAGAAAUGCAAGAACAGAAUGAAUUGUUUAUUGUUUUAUGCUUCAGGUUGGUCUCCUGGUAUCUUGCAAACCAUAUAUAGUGAAUCAUCAAAUUUGUGUUUGAUCUAAUUGAAUUUUAUGCAAAAUGACCAAUGGGAUCUGUUGUAGGUGUGUACUUGGAUCUUUUGCAUUCAUGUUUACAAGAUGGAGAUAUGGUAAUUUAGAUCCAUGUUCUUUACUGAAAUUAUUUCUCUUUGAUUGCAAUAAAGAGAAAGAUACAUCUUGUGCUGUAAAUGAAAUUAAUGAUUGAACUAUAGUUAUUAAAUUACCCAGCAUUAUACAAAUAGACUAUAGGCCAUUUGGCUAUAAAUGAAAGAAGUUAAUCACCAGCUUGAUUUAUUGAGGCUCA